UGUUUGAUAAUUCAAACAUGUUGAUUUAAUACAUUGUUUUUAAUAAUUUGGCAACUGAAGUUAAUCAAAUGUGAACCAAUCCAGAGUAAAAUGUUUUAUAUCAGAAUUUGAAAAAUCUACCACCCCCACACCCACUCACUCAGCUAAACAAACAGCAUAGCAUACAGUGAGUACAGGAUGCGUAGCUCCGACUCCGACACCGACCUCGGGUGGCCCGGCCUUAAACUCUCCCGCCCUCUCACCGACUCUGUCGCCGACACCGACGAUAUAGCUCAGUCGCUCUUCCGCUUUCUCGCCAACUACAUUGCAACUAAAACCACUUCCCUCUCUCAAGUCGAGAUAGCUCGCCUCUCUACCUCCGAGAUAACUCGCCUCAUCUCUAACCUCUCCGAAACCGAUAUCAACCGCCUCUUCAAUGCCGGCAUUUCUGAAUUUGUCGACGGUAUCUUCGAACCAUUUCUUCCUUUCUUCAAAAUGUUUUUCGCCGGUUGCUUUGGCCUCAUACUCUUAAAGAACGCCAUCCUAAUUUACCAGCGAUGGAACAACGAAUUGCCAUCUUCUGGAUGUGCUAUUCCUCGACAUGCUAUCACGCCCACAACCGAUGCUGCUGCUCAGGAGCGACUGGAACCUUCAACGACGUCCAGAUUUUUGUCUAGAUCUUAUACAACAGAUGUGAAGGGUCUUAAAGUCAUUGGAGAAAUCUACAGUCGAGGAACCAACAGGAGCUUUAGACAGGAAGUAGAGCAGGAUCAGGAAGGCACAUCUAGAGCUAAUGUUCCAAGCACUGGAUCCACUGUUGAUGAUCCCGAGAGUCUUCCAUGAAUGAGAGUCUUUCUCCUUGCUGGCAAAUAGUCCAUGAAAAGAGAAACAAAUUAGGUGAAGAGAAGUUUGUUCUGAAGUUGAUAAAGGUUGUGAGUUUCAUAACUGUUGAUUGGAUUUCAGUUCUAUUUUACUAUUGAGUUAUUUUGUAAUUAAUAGACUAUCUGGUACUUAACUUGAAUGUCUUAUGUGGUAGUUUAUUUUAGGCUUAGGCUUAAAUAUGCAAAAUGUCAUGCAAAUAGGGGUGACUUUGAUUUUAGUUUUUGGAAAGAAGUAUUUAACUCUUCUAGAGAGAUUAAAACACGUUUAAUUUGGUCUCAACAUAAUUGCAUGACUAGACUAUUUUUUAUGUUUUACUCAACAUUCUC